GGCCGAACGGCCCAACUUCAAUCGCAAGCGACUAGGCGCCGAUCUCAGUGGUCCACCAUGGCCGCCUUCCUCCUUACCUGCCUACGGCCUCUCUGAGACUUCUCCACUACAUAGCCUUCAGCACGCUUGGUCCUCACCCUCACCGAUGCAUUGGAAGGCUUAGCUCAUAUUAUUUCAUGGAUACCAGAUGAGCAAAGGAACGUCCUUUACCAGUCUUGGUAAGUCCCUUUUUCAUUGUCGUCUUCGCAUACCCUUUUCUUCCAUUGCUUCUCUUCCCAAGCCGAUUACCGCGGAGCCCGAAUCACCUGACCUUUCCUCCCAGCUCUUCAACUUCCUUUCUCAUCCGAAUUGGGAAAAAGAUUCCUCUCUUCAAAAGUUAGUCCCGUUUAUAACCCCAUCCCAUGUUUCUUCCGUCAUUAACCUCAACCUCAAUCCACAUGUCGCGCUGGUCUUCUUCAGAUGGAUCGAGAAGAAACCUGGGUACAAGCACAAUGUUCAUUCUUAUUCGUCUUUGCUUGUAACUCUGAUCCGCCAUGGGUUACUUCGUGCUGCGGAGAAUAUUCGGAAUUCGAUGAUUAAAUCAUGUGAUUCCAUCGAUGAUGCAAGGCUAGUUUUGGAUUUGUUACGAAGAAUGAAUACGAAUGACGGCGGAGAACUGUCAUAUAAGCUUUCGCUUACUUCUUAUAAUAGGCUUCUAAUAUGCUUAUCACAGUUUGUUAUGAUUGAUGAAAUGAAAAUUUUGUAUAAAGAGAUGUUUGAAGAUAAAAUUUAUCCGAAUGCAAUUACGUUAAAUACAAUGCUAAAUGCAUAUUGCAAGUUGGGAAAUAUCAUGGCGGCGAAACUGUAUCUAACUAAGUUGCUGUGUGCUGGUUUCUGUCCGGAUACAUUCACCUACACUUCCUUGAUAUUGGGCCAUUGUAGAAACAAAGCAGCAGGUGAAGCUUAUAGAAUUUUUCAGCUUAUGCCUCAAAUGGAAUGUAAACGGAAUGAAGUUACGUACAGUAAUCUUAUUCACGGCUUUUGUGAAGCCGAUCAAAUUGAUGAGGCCCUCAAGCUUUUCUCACAGAUGAAGGAGGACGGCUGUACUCCUGCAGUUCAAACAUACACAGUUGUCAUCGAUGCUUUGUGUGGAUUAGGUAAAGAAAUGGAAGCUUUAAAGCUUUUUGAAGAUAUGGCAGAAAGAGGUUGCAAACCUAAUGUUUAUACUUACACUGUGUUAAUCAAUAAUUUCUGUAAAAAAGGUAAGCUUGAAGAGGCCAUGAAUUUCUUGAACAAGAUGCUGGAAAAAGGUUUAACCCCCAGUAUUGUCACAUUUAAUGCUUUGAUUGAUGGGUAUUGCAAACAGGGAAUGAUGGAGGAUGCAAUGGGUAUCUUGAGUCGGAUGGUAUCAAAUAACUGUAGUCCAGAUGCACGUACAUAUAAUGAGCUGAUUUGUGGGUUUAGUAGGAACAAAAGUAUGGAUAGAGGAAUGGCACUGCUUAACAAGAUGUUUGAGAGGAAGUUGUCCCCAGAUGCUAUUACAUAUAACUCAUUGAUUCAUGGGCUAUGUAAGGCAGGUGUUGUAGAUAGUGCUUCUCGGUUGUAUAAAUUGAUGAUAAAAGAUGGCUUCAAGCCUGAUCAGUGGACAUUUGGUUCUCUUAUCGAUAGUCUGUGCAAAAUAGGCAGAGUUGAAGAGGCUUAUCAAAUCUUUGAGUCCCUCAAUGAAGAUGACAAAGCAAAUCAAGUAAUUUAUACUGCUUUGAUUGAUGGUUACUGCAAGGUUGGAAACAUUGAUGAUGCUCAUCUGUUGUUUGAAAGGAUGCUUGCUGAGCAAUGUCAGCCAAAUUCAAUCACUUACAAUGUGCUGAUAGAUGGUUUGCGCAAAUACAAAACUUUGGAAGAAGCAUCGUGUCUGGCAUCUAACAUGGUAAAGUUUGAUCUGCAGCCCACUGUUUAUACCUAUACAAUGCUGAUUGAAGAAGUGUUGAAGGAAGGUGACUUUGACAAUGCUGAUAGAAUUUUUAACCAAAUGAUUUCAUCAGGAUGUCAGCCCAAUCUGUUCACGUAUACAGCAUUUAUUAAGGCAUAUUGCUGCCAGAGAAGAAUGAAAGAGGCUGAAGAUAUGGUGGUUAAGAUGAAAAAAGAGAGCAUAGUGCCUGACCAUUUUAUUUACAAUUUAUUAAUUGGUGCAUAUGGAUGCAUGGGACUACUGGAUAGUGCAUUUGGUGUUCUCAAGUGCAUGUUUGACGCUGGUUGUGAGCCUUCUCGUCAAACAUAUUUUUAUCUUUUGAAGCUUCUAAUAAAUGAGAAGGAUAACAAGGAAGGUAGCAGGACUGUGGCAUUUGCUUCAAGCUUUAAUGCUUUCUUAGUUGAGAUUGAUGAUUUAUGGAAAGCAAUUGAUUUUGAAAUCACAUCUGUGCUUUUUGAGAAAAUGAUUUGGUGUGGCUGUGUGCCUAAUUACAACACUUACAGCAAGCUUAUUCAAGGACUUUGCAAAGUGGAGUCUUUGGCUGUGGCCCUCAGGUUAUGGAAUCAUAUGAGAGAAAGUGGGAUUUCUCCAACUGAAAUUAUUCACAAUACUCUUCUAAGUGGUUGUUGCAGGAUGGAAAUGUAUGGGGAAGCAGUGAACUUGUUAGAUUCUAUGAUUGAGUGUGGCCAUUUAGCACAUCUGGAGUCUUAUAAGCUUCUUAUCUGUUGGCUAUUUGAACAAGGAAACAAGGACAAGGCCGAGGCAGUGUUUUGUAGUUUGAUCCACCUUCAGUAUAACUAUGAUGAAGUCGUUUGGAAAGUUCUAAUUGAUGGGUUGCUUAAGAAGGGUUAUAUUGAUCAAUGCCCAAAGCUGCUAAGCCUCAUGAUGAAGAAUGGUUGCCGGUUACAUCCUGAGACAUACUCUAUGUUAACUAACUCAGGGAUUAUACAGGAUUUGAUGUAGUGAUUAUUUGUUCAUUUUUGCACCAUAAUGGAAUAAAGGAAAGGAGGCUUUCCUAUGAUCUUUCUUGGUGAUUUGGCUAAAGUUAUACGGAUGAACGCAACACCUGAAUUUUUGUAAUGCAUAUUAUUUUGUAUAGAUGGAAAAUUGCUGUACUUUGUAUCAGCAAGUGAGCAGCUAAUAUUCUUGAAACGCAGUGACAAUAUUAUGUGCUUGUUCGCAGUCAACUGUUACUGCAGCAGCCACUCAGCUUGAUGAAUCUGCAAAGGAUCAAG